AUGGAUAUUUCUAAAAAAACUGCCCUCAUUGAAGUUCUGUUGUUAGAGGAUCUUCCAGAUGGUAGCGAAGAUUCUGAUGUAGGUGUUUCCGAUGAAGAAAUCGUAAAAGAUCUUCAAGUACCCUUAUCUAGAGGCUUCGACGACUAUUUUGAGGAGGCUAUUGAGAGGGUUUUAGCUGAAAUUCCUCCAUCGCCGACAAAUGAAGAAGUGCCAUCAGGUUGUUCUGUUGAUCAGACCAGAGGGAUCUAUAUAAAAAAAAUUCAAAUUUACCAAGGGAAAGAUGAAGAAAUGAGCGCAAAAUUUUCAAAAUAUAGCUUGGGAGAAAGAGUAGUUUUAGAAUUGACAGAACAAGAAUGGGGUAAAGAGAAAAUUGUCUAUUUUGAUAAUUUUUUUACAUCUGUUGCUUUACUUGAAAAGUUGAAAACUGAGAAUACCUACGCAUGCGGAACAGUCAGAAGUAAUAGAAAAGGACUGCCUCCAAAUAUGCUCCCUGAUUCAAAAAUGAAAAGAGGGGAAAGUGAUUACAGAUUUUCAAACCUAGAUAUUGGAUAUUGGAAAUGGAAAGAUAACAAAGUAGUACAUUUACUCUCUAAUUUUCAUGGAAAUGAAGAGGCAACUGUGUCACGUAAAGAAAAAAAUGGGUCUAAGUCUACAAUAACAUGCCCAAUGGCUGUCAAACAUUACAACACUUACAUGGGGGGCGUAGACACAGCUGAUCGUUUGAGAGCCCUUUACUGUAUAGAUCGCAAGUCUCUAAAAUGGUGGUAUAGGUUGUUCUGGGGUCUACUGGACAUAGCAUUUGUCAACGUUUUUGUCAUUCAUGGAGUUAUAUUUGAGAACCGUAAAGUACUACCGUAA